ACUGGGUCUGAUACACAGAAGUAAUCAGAUGCUUAGUCGAGUCGGGUGUAAACACUACUGCACAACGGUACAAGACUUUCAACAUACAUACAUUCGGCCCUACAACUUAAAGGUGAAGAGUUGAGGCUCUGUGUCGAUGCAGUUCUACGUGAGCUUAUCUCAGCCAUCCCCUGGGAGAUGGGUGUUGGAUGCAGCGGGUUCUUCGGGGAUCGCCGGUGUUUAGGCGCUGCCGUAUUUCUUUUCUCGCUCCGGUACUGCUGCUCCUUCUGCUUUCUCGCUCUGGCAGGGCGGGUUUUUUCUGACGAGAUGCUGAAGAAGAUAACGGGGCUGGAGGAGGGCCAGGUGGAGCUCAAGCCGGAGAUAGGCAAGCUCAUCCCGGAGAGCCUCGGCGGCGGCGGCGGACAGUCCUCAUCCACUUCCACGCACCACCCCUUCCAGCAGCAGCAGCAGGCGUUGUCGCCGCGGGUGCACGCGCUCGCCUUACUCCCGCACCGCAGAAGUCGGCGGCGGCGCAGGACCACCACCUUGCCGGGCAGUCCGGAAGGCACCGUCACAGGUUACUGCAGUCGUUGUGGCAGGCCGUGCACGUCAUCUUCCUUGAAGGGAAGGUCCUGUACUGGUGAGCUCCCCUGGUACGAGUUGUGGCUUACUUUGCUCAAUGCUCAUCAUGUGCUCGAUGAAAUGCUGGAGCUAUUUUUGGGGCCAGGGGUAGAGCGUGAUGCCUCAUCUAGCUGUUGCAGGAAGGCCUUGCUCUGCUCUGGGCUACAGAGAGAGGCUCCUAUGAUCUCUCCGAAUGGUAAACACAGGUGAUUUUUGUCCCUAGGCGUUUGAAAGUUUGGCUGGAGAUGCUAUUUAGCUGCCUCAUUUCAAUUCCAAUCCUUACUUGAUAUCGUAUAUUAGAUAGUAUUCUUGCAUGCUGGGGGUUUAGUCGAGUUCUAUCUUUCAAAUGGCUAUAUAAUGUUCCUUCGGUUAAGAUCCCAGCCUAGAGUUUCGAGUGUAAACUGAAAUGUAUUAUGACUUAUUUUCUAAUAUAUGCUGCUCAAAGGUGUAUAUUUAUGUGGGUUCAAA